GACCAUGACAGAUGGCGUCGUACUUAUGGAGUACUACUAAAAUGUUCUGCGAAGAUCAUUGUGAAUGGAUAAUGGCAACAGAGGCUAUAAUAGUGAUCGAUUGUGCGGAUAAAUGACGAUGGAAAAUCACAUGACUGAAAUCUGCUGUGGACGUUUCUGAACUCUGUAAUGGUGUUAACUGACCACCAAAAUUACCAUAAAAAUGCCAGAGCUCACAGAGAUUGAGAAGACCUCUCCUCCAGCAGCCAAAGCUGUGGAGGAACCAGAGGCUGGCUCAGGAUCGGACUCCGAUGCAUCAGAGGAAUCUUUGCCUGAAUUAGAACAGGGUGGAUCUGCCUCUGCGCCAACAGUCACCGAGUCUGCCAAGGCAGCUAAACAAAGUCGAUCAGAGAAGAAGGCUCGCAAGCUCAUGUCAAAGUUGGGAUUGAAACAAGUUCCUGGUGUUAACAGAGUCACUAUUCGUAAGAGCAAGAAUAUCCUCUUUGUCAUCAACAAGCCUGAUGUGUUUAAAAAUCCUGCCUCUGACACUUACAUUGUGUUUGGUGAAGCUAAGAUUGAGGACAUGAGCCAGCAGGCCCAGAUGGCUGCUGCUGAAAAGUUCAAGGAACCAACUGUGAACCCUGCUGCUGAUACUGCUGCCCACACAACUGUACCUGCUGCUAUACAGGAAGAUGAGGAAGAGGAUGAUGAGGAGGUAGACGAGACCGGACUGGAAGAAAAAGAUAUUGAACUUGUCGUCUCACAAGCCAAUGUUUCACGAGCAAAGGCUGUCAGAGCUCUUAAGAAGAAUAAUAAUGAUAUAGUCAAUGCCAUCAUGGACUUAACCAUGUGAUAGACUUUGCGAUACUAACAAAACCGUUUUGACGCAUUUUCUGGAGGAAAUUUUGAAAAAAAAAGAUCAAGUUUACUUGUGUGAUUGGUGUGUUUCCAAUGGAAAAUAACAGCGACGUAUGUUUUCGUUCAAUGCUGUAGGUAACUCGCAUCCAUCCAUAUCUUUCUUCUCUUGCUAAGUACACUUCUUCAGCAGUGUAUCAACCGUAUACCUGAUCGACUGUAUUUACGUCUAAUAAAUUCCGUUGACUCUA